AUGUCAAUCAACGGGCUUUCUGUCUUUCUUGCUACUUUGGAACGAAAGAUAGUUGGCCGCUUGUCGAUACCUGAAGCAGACAAGCGACUCCAGCACCGAUCGGUAACGUCAAUCCAAGAGGAAAACCACACAAUGACACUACACUUGACACCACAACACUUGACACCACAGUUGCAAGUCUCCAACGUGAAGCUUGAUAUUGGCAACCUAUUGGUGCCGACUUACUUCGACGGGUUGAAACCAGUCGAGGAGUAUGUCGAGGAGCACGACGCGGACCAAGCGGUUGUCCUGAUUCCCUACCAGAAUUUCCGUGCCAUGACUGGUGCCUUCACAACCCCGGCUAUCACGGAGUGCUUCAUCACUCAAGCGCUUGCAGAUUAUCUUCCACAUGCAGAUUUGUGGUUUCAAAUCAAGACAUUCUGCAUGGAAGCUCACAUCCAAAGCUGGCCCGAAGACACAAUCUUGCUCACCAUCGAGGCGUCUCUUCGUGCUCAAGAUUACGAAGCCUUUGUGCAUGUUGCCAGCAAUGGGCAGAUUGAGUCAUCUCAAAAACUGGUCUCCGCAGUUGAGAAGGCUGUCGUGAUGAGGCUGGGCUGUCUUCUGUCCUCGAAACAAUCUACCGCACGCUUCGCCCCCAUCAAAGCCUUUUCUCAGUUCUUCACCCAAAAUGACUCCUGCCAGGCGUUUUUGUCUGCGGAACUGGUGAAAUUGGUAACUUUGGCUCAGAAUUAUCAGAAUUUGGGAAGGUUGGAUAGGAAGAGCCUCGGAGCGUCAGACGCCGUUGCCCUUGUGGAUUUUAGUCUUGACUAUUUGGAUGUCGGCUUUCUAGAGUUCAGAAUCAUGCCAAUUGUUUCAGACCCCCGGGCUGGGCUGUUUGUAAUUCUUGGAUUCAUUCAGAGAUUGCUCGAGAGAACGGUGGUCCACGACAUCCAGCAUGAUACUGCCCUUCGACUGUACCAAAAGUUGGAAACCUCGAGUCUCUCGAAGCUUCAUUUCGAGAAUCUCACUCGUGAGACACAACAGUCUUCAAAGUACUGGUAGGAUUGCCAUCCUCCUCAAUUUUUUCAGGCAACAAUAUGGACUCAAUAUAACUAUACCAGUUGCCCUGGGAUCUUAAUCCCCAUUGAUAUGGUACCCGCCAUAUUUCGAGAUCUAGAGCGACUUGGCUGGGUUAAACAAGCGUCAGAUCUUGCA